AUGAGCACAGCUGCCCUCCCUAUCGCGUUGAUCUACCGAGGUCCGGCUGCUUGUCGUGGUUGUCCAGAGACGAUCGCCGAUCUCCUUCGACAGAAAUACCAAAUUGUCUAUGCUGGACCUAAGGAACAGGUAGACGUGAAUAAGAAUACAUUAUCGACAGCACAGCUAUACGUACAGCCGGGUGGAGGAGAUCUAGACGAGGCCUGGCCUCAUGUUCGUCGCUACGCUUCACCUAUUCAUGAUUAUGUUCGAAAUGGAGGAAAAUAUCUUGGUAUCUGUCUCGGUGCUUAUUUGGCAGGAACCGAACCGGGUUUUGGCCUUCUUCCAGGCAGAGGACAGACCGACCAAUAUAUUACAUCAAUGGGUGCUGUUAUUACCAGUGAAAUUGAUACUGUCGUACCUCUAUUGUGGCGAGGAAGACUGCGACAUGUUUAUUUUCAAGAUGGCACUCGUUUGAUGAUCGAUCGAACAGCAGCACCUGCAGAAAUCCUGGCGGUUUACACCAAUGGUGAGAUUGCAGCUGCUGUGCAAAAUUAUGGAAAAGGACGCUUGGGAAUGGUCGGACCGCAUCCAGAAGCCAACGAAGAGUGGUAUGCGAUGUACAGACUGAAAAACCCUGAUGGAAAACUGAGUUUCGAUCUUUUCGAUGACCUCAUCAAGACAUUGAUGGCUUGA